AUGCCCAAGAAGCUCAAGCUCGCGGUGUCACAGUCCAGGACACUGGAUACCCUCCAACAAACCCUCGACGCUCUGGCAACCACAACUCGCAAAGCAGCCUCUGAAUCCGUAGAUCUGGUUCUUUUCCCCGAAGCCUAUCUAGGAGGCUAUCCACGCACGUGCGACUUUGGAGCUUCAGUCGGAGCUCGUGCACCCCACGGCCGCGACCAGUUUCUAGAAUACUUCCACGCCGCCGUCGAUCUAGGAGAUACGCCACUUGGAGCCGGAGAUGACUGGAUAGAUCGUAAACUCCCUGCUGCAAAAGGCAGAGAGUAUCGUGGCGAUGGCACGAGAGAGUUUCUGGAAAAGAUCGCUCGUGAAACUGGCGUUUUCAUCGUCACUGGACUCGUCGAACGCAGUGGAGGAAGUCUAUACUGUGGUGUCGUGUACAUAUGUCCUCGGCAAGGUUGUAUAGGCAAAAGACGGAAAGUCAUGCCAACAGGCUCCGAACGCUUAGUCUGGGCCCAAGGCCAACCCUCGUCUCUCCGCGCCGUCGUCACCGAAAUACGCGGUGUAAAACUCUGUCUUGCUGCUGCUAUUUGCUGGGAAAACUACAUGCCGCUGUUGAGGUAUUCGUUGUACAGUCAGAAUGUAAAUUUAUAUCUUGCUCCUACGGCGGAUGCGAGGGAUACUUGGGAGCCGUUGAUGAGGACGGUGGCGGCGGAGAGUAGGGCGUUCGUGUUGAGCGCCAAUCAGUGCGUUAGGAAGAGUCAUCUUCCAGCUUGGAUCUCUGUGGGUAAAAAGGUCGAGGAACCGAGGAUCCUUGCUAGGUCUUCGAUUUCCUCUUCCACUUCGCCUUCUCGUCGUAGAAAGUCUGUUGUUAUGGAAGGGGGCAAUGAGCUUGUUCUUCCUGAUCCUUCUAAUGGCAGUAACAACACCACUUCUGCCAUUGCUGAGGAAGAUCCAUCUGACGAGUUCGUCUGCCGUGGAGGUUCUUGCAUCAUUGAUCCUCUUGGUAACGUCCUUGCCGGCAGCCUUUGGGAAGUCGAAGAUGGGUUCAUGGCUGUGGAAGCAGAUUUUGAAGACUGUGAGAGAGGUCGAUUGGACAUGGAUGUUGCAGGAUCUUACUCAAGAAACGAUGCUUUCCAUCUGACUGUCGAUGGACUGGAUCUGAACCCGCCUCCGGUCUAA